AUGAGAGUACUUCCCACCGUUAUGCUCGUGGGAGCUGCUACGGCAGCCUCCCCGCCCCUGCAGCAGGUCAUCGGCGCUCAGCGGGAGCAGGUGGAGGACUGGACCCAGCAGGGCUCCGACCUGUUCAAGCAGGGCCAGGAUGCCUUUAAGCAGGGUUCCGAGUACCUCUCGAAGCCGCUGCAGAACCUCCAUGACCAGUUUAAGUCUCUCUCCGGCGAGGCCCGCCAGCUCUGGGAGGAGGUAGCACACCAUUUCCCCAACAGCAUGGAGCAGGCCCCCAUGCUUUCUCUGCCCAAGAAGCAUAACCGCCGUCCUGAUUCCCACUGGGACCAUGUCGUCCGUGGAGAGGAGGUGCAAGGCCUCUGGGUCACCGGUACUGACGGUACCAAGGAACGUGAGAUCGACGGCAAACUGGAGUCCUAUGAUCUCCGCGUCAAGAAGGUGGAUCCUAGCUCUCUUGGCGUCGACCCCAAUGUCACUCAGUACAGCGGUUAUCUGGACGAUAACGAGAACGACAAGCACCUUUUCUACUGGUUCUUCGAGUCUCGCAACGACCCCAAGAAUGACCCCGUUGUUCUCUGGCUGAACGGUGGUCCCGGCUGCUCCUCCCUGACCGGCCUGUUUAUGGAGCUUGGUCCCAGCUCCAUCAACAGCAAGAUCAAGACUGUUUACAAUGAUUACUCGUGGAACUCCAAUGCCUCGGUGAUCUUCCUCGACCAGCCUGUCAACGUUGGUUAUUCCUACAGCGGCGGUACCGUCAGCAACACUGUCGCUGCAGGCAAGGAUGUCUAUGCUCUCCUGUCCCUGUUCUUCAAGCAGUUCCCUCAGUACUCCAAGCAGGACUUCCACAUCGCCGGCGAGUCCUAUGCCGGUCACUAUAUUCCCGUCUUUGCCUCUGAGAUUCUCUCACACAAGAAGCGCAACAUCAACCUCAAGUCUGUCCUCAUCGGUAACGGUCUGACUGACGGCCUGACUCAGUACGAGUACUACCGCCCCAUGGCCUGUGGUGAAGGUGGUUACCCUGCUGUCCUGGACGAGAGCAGCUGCCGGUCCAUGGACAACUCUUUGCCCCGCUGCCAGCAGAUGAUCGAGGCUUGCUACAACAGCGAGAGUGCCUGGGUCUGUGUCCCUGCCUCCAUUUACUGCAACAACGCUCUGCUGGCUCCUUACCAGCGUACCGGCCAGAACGUCUAUGAUGUUCGUGGCAAGUGUGAGGACGAGUCCAACCUCUGCUACAAGGGCAUGGGCUACGUCAGCGAGUACUUGAACCAAGCCAAUGUGCGCGAAGCUCUUGGCGCCGAGGUUGACGGCUAUGAUUCCUGUAACUUUGACAUCAACCGUAACUUCCUGUUCAACGGUGACUGGAUGAAGCCCUAUCACCGUCUGGUCCCUGGCAUCCUUGAGCAGAUCCCGGUCCUGAUCUACGCCGGCGACGCUGACUUUAUCUGCAACUGGCUCGGCAACAAGGCUUGGACCGAGGCGCUUGAGUGGCCCGGUCAGAAGGAGUAUGCUGGCCUUAAACUGGAGGACCUUGUCAUUGAACAGAACAAGCACACCGGCAAGAAGAUCGGUCAGGUCAAGUCUCACGGCAACUUCACCUUCAUGCGUCUUUACGGCGGUGGCCACAUGGUCCCCAUGGACCAGCCCGAGUCCAGCCUCGAAUUCUUCAACCGCUGGUUGGGUGGAGAGUGGUUCUAA